AUGCUGGCACCGCGUAGGACGCUCCAUUCGACGCCGCUGAGCGCCUUCCGCCGGGCGCUGGAGCUCGUGCACGCUGAUGCUUCAGACGUGGUCUACGAUCUGGGCUGUGGAGAUGGCCGACUGCUAAUCGACGCCGCGCGGAGAUUCGGCGUGCGCGCGGUGGGCGUGGAGAUAGACCCGAAGCGGGCGCAACAAGCUCGUGACGCAGCGGAGGCCAACGGCGUGGGACAUUUAGUAACGGUAUAUCAAGCCAACGCGUUGGAGUUCGACAUCCCUGCGGAAGCUACGAUCAUUUUCCUCUUCCUCAUCAACCGCGGCCUGUCCUUGGUGCGGCCAAAGCUGGAGAAACUGCAGGCGUGUCGAGUGAUCACGUACCUCUAUCGAAUUCCGAAUUUGACGCCGCUGGAGAAGCAAUUUGUGCCGACAAGAGAAUCAGAUGUGAUGUUCCCAGUUUACAUUUAUCACUUCCCCACGUCAUCGGAAUCGGUCAUGAGUCUCCCGCAGUCGACGAAGAAGUAA